AUGGGCUCUGAAGCUCUUCUUCCUGUCAUAGUUUUCUCAGAUAAGCUAAAGUCGGGCACUCUUGAGUGGGAGUCGGUGAGAGCCCGGGUUCAGCAAGCACUCCAAGAAUAUGGUAGCUUCGAGGCUUGUUUCAACAAAGUUCCUUUUGAGCUUCGAAAAUCGAUGUUUGGUGCAAUACAAGAGAUCUUUGAACUUCCUUUGCAAACAAAAUCAGGUAUCCCUGCUAAGACGCCCUUCGGUGGCUACAUUGGGAAGUCACCAACAGCACCGUGGCGGGAGAUCAUGGCUAUCGAAGAUGUACUCAUCCCCGAAAAACUCACAAGCUUCACUAAUCUCUUGUGGCCACAAGGAAACCCUAGCCUUGGCAAAACAGUAGGGGCCUUCUCAGAGAAAGUAGCUGAAUUGGAUCAAAUGACUAGGAGGAUGGUUUUGGAGAGCUUUGGUGUUGAGGAAUACUAUGAUGAACACAUAGAUUCGAGCCGAUACAGUCUUCGAGUCAUGAAGUAUGAAGCUCCCGAAACUAUGGAGAGCAAACUUAUGCUGAAACCACACACUGAUAAGAACCUUUUGACCAUAUUGUAUCAGAUUAAUCAAGUAGGUGGUUUACAGGUGCAAAGCAAAGACGGAAAAUGGAUCAAUGUGAAAACCUCGCCGGACUCUUUCAUCGUCAUGGCCGGAGAUUCUUUCCACGCAUGGACGAAUGGGCGCGUGCGCGCUCCAGUUCAUCAGGUUACGAUGACCGAAAAUGAAACGAGGUACUCAGCGGGAUUGUUUGCGUCCCCAAAAGAAGGCCGCAUUUUAAAAGUCCCAGAUUUCCCAGAUGAGCUAAAGCCAGGCACUCCUGAGUGGGACUCGAUGAGACCCCGGGUUCAACAAGCACUUCAAGAAUAUGGUGGCUUUGAGGCUUUGUUCAACAAAGUCCCUUCCAACAAGCACUCCAACAAAGUCAUCGAUUGGCAUCAACCACUUCAGGGGGAUCUUCCUUUCGGUAGUCCGACGAGAUCGAAUGGCGAGAAGGAGGACAAGAAACAUGAUAAGGAAGAUGACUUCCUUUAG